AUGGUAUCCGAAUUCUGGUCAGCACCCCAAAAUAUGUCUCGUCCAUUCUUCGGAGUCCUAGGAUGUACGAGCGCCAUUGUAUUCACGAGCUUUGGGGCAGCCUACGGGACUGCAAAGGCUGGGGUGGGCGUUUGUUCGUCCGGUGUCUUGCGGCCGGACUUGAUCGUCAAAAACAUUGUGCCCAUUGUUAUGGCCGGCAUCCUGGGCAUCUACGGCCUGGUGGUCUCCGUGUUGAUUGCCAACAACCUCGCGCAGGAGAUGACUCUGUAUACGAGUCUGCUCCAGCUGGGCGCCGGCCUGGCGGUUGGGCUUUGCGGGCUGGCUGCUGGGUUCGCGAUUGGGAUUGUCGGCGAUGCAGGAGUGCGAGGAACCGCGCAGCAGUCGAGACUUUAUGUGGGAAUGAUCCUUAUUUUGAUCUUUGCUGAGGUCUUGGUGCAGCAUAUUGGGUCUGCGAGAGUUUUCUUGUACCCCGGCAUGUUCAUGCUGCAGCAGAUCAAAGUCCCAGGUAUUUCAGUCUACGGUAGUCGGCAUCGCUCCAGUCCAGCGUGGUCUCCGUGUAGAAGAGGUUCGGGUGGUUUCUCGUGA